AUGAAAACUAAUGAGAAGGAUAUGACAAGAGCUGAUGCACUUAGUCAUAUAGCAUUUGUUCUUCAUGAAAUAAGUGCGCAUGUCAUUGGAUUUGAAAGAAUGAAAGAUGAUUAUAAUACUUGUCCUGAUUUUGGUCUUAUUUUUCAAGAGGUGAAUACAGGUAAUCGUUGUGAUUUUGUUAUUCUUGAUGGUUAUUUUUUUAAGGCCACCAAAUUAUGCAUUCCUUGCACUUCACUUAGAGAAUUCUUAGUAUGGGAAUUACAUGUAAGUGGGCUAGCAGGAUAUCUUAGAAAAGAUAAGACCAUUGCACUUGUUGAUGAUAGGUUCUAUUGGCCUUCAUUGAAGAGAGAUGUUGUUAGGAUUGUCUCACAGUGCCGCACUUAUUAG